UUACUGCGUCCACACUCAUCCGGCAAGAUGGUCCCUUGCUUUGUUUCUUCUCACCGGAGUUAUUUUGGCUUUUUGCCCUAAAUUGUAGCUUCCACACCAUCGAAAUUAAGUGAUUUGAAUUGGACGGGGCUUCCUGGAGUAAGACCAAAACUCGGUACUGUCCGUCAGGAAAUGACGAUUGCUGAAAAGCAGGUAAAUUGAGUCUGACUUCUUCGGAAUCAAACCUAGACCAAAUGGGAGAGAAAGGAGAGGAGCCUGGGAGCUCAUCAGACAACAUGAAACCAUCUUCCUCUCACAGCAAGAGGAAACCCACCAGUGUACCUAAGCACAAAGAACAGAAAGACUCAGAUGCAUCGACUGGCAGCGAAAAUGAAGCUGCCAAUUCUGACAGUAAUACAGGCAGCGAUUCUAAAGGGACCUUAGUGAUGAAACCGAGCGGAAAUGAAAACAAAGGUGCCAUGAAGCUAAGAGUGGAUUUCAAACAGAAAAAACCAGACGAUACCCUGGAGAAGAAGGUUAACUGUACAGCCUGCGGGAAACAAGUAAACCAAUUUCAGCGCAACUCUGUGUACGAGCAUCCAAUGCUCAAGGUUCUCAUCUGCAAGUCAUGUUAUAAAUACUACACAAGCGAUGACAUCGGCCGGGAUUCAGAUGGGAUGGAUGAGCAAUGCAGAUGGUGUGCUGAGGGCGGGAAGCUCAUCUGCUGUGACUACUGUAACAACGCCUUCUGCAAAAAGUGCAUACUGCGAAACCUGGGCAGAAAGGAGCUGUCAAACAUCACGGAUGAGAACUCAAAGUGGCACUGCUAUGUGUGCCGCUCUGACCCCCUGCAGGAUCUGGUCGCCAGCUGCCAGAACAUCAUGCAGAGGAAGGAGGAAGCUGAGAUGAAGCAGCGGAAAACGGAGAAAGCAGAGGAGCGGGAAGCGAGGAAGGAGAAGAAGAAGUCUCCUAAAGAGCAGAAAGCUGUUGCAAAUGGGAAAGAGCACAACGAAGGCUUGGGGACCAUGACCUUCUCUUAUAAAAACCUGCAGAUACCCAAAGAUCAACUAAAAAAGGCAAAGAAGCUUGUAGAAACGACAACCGGUUUGAAUAACACCUUCAUUCAGUUCAUCCAGCAGGCGGCCGACGACCAGGCAGACGCAAGCAUCAGGUAUCGACAUUUGAAAGCCUUUAAGGCGGUGCUGACCGAUCUGAGGAAAGCCCACAACGCUUUGGAGGAAGCUUUAAAGCCAGAGUUCAGAAAAAUGGAGUUGCAGAACGGGAUCGAAGGGCAACACGUGAGAAAGGCCGGCCCCGCUGUGGAAACCUCCGAGAACAAUGAGAUGGAGUGUGCCCCAGAUCCGGUCCCUAGCGUGGAUGGCGAGCGGCAUGAUGAAGUAAAGAUGGAGGUGGAAGAAAUGAAGGAGGGGACCAAGGAGCCGCCUGAGGAGAAGGAUUUGGUGUGUAAAUCUGGCAAAAGGACAAAGGUGAAGAAGGAGGUGGAUGGUGACGCAGAUUCAGAUUGUAGAACACAAAAUGAGGAGAUUGUUGAAGAGCCGCCUAAUGAGAAGGACAUUUCAACAAAAGAGGCGUUCGAGGAACCAUCCAGUAGAACGGAACAGGUCGAUGAAGCAGAAACCAUGGAGGAGGUAGUGACGGAGCAGCAGGACGGUAAGGCCAAUGAAGUGUCUGAUGACACUCAGACAGAGGAACGGCAAAGCGAAACAAGCCCGCCGCUAGUGGUAAAAACCGAGGUCGUUGACGGCCAACCGCUGUCCUCUGCUGAAGCGUCAUUAGAUCAGGACAUCAUGUCUGUGCCUCCUUCAGUUCCAGAGGAGCUUUUCCAGAUGGUGGAGAGUCUCGCUGAUUCCUCCAUGCUCUCAAGGACCGACACCACUUCAGAGAAAGACGCAGACACAAAGUCAAAGGAGAAUCCUCCAGAAACUCCUUGUCCCAAACCCAAAGUAAAGAACCUGAUAGUCAAACUGACUCCAGUGCCGGUUGUUAAAAGUGGCGGGUCUAGGUCCUCCAAGUCUAAAAAAGGAGAUGACCAGGAGCAGACCAGCAAGAGCAAGGAUAAGGAAGAUUCUGCUGCAGCAGAAGGGACAGACAGCCCACCGCCAACCCGCCGCUCCAGCAGAGUUAAGACCACUCCUUUACGGAAGCAAGGGGAAAACAAAGGCAAGAAAGACUCCUCUGAUUCAGAGUCUGAGGAAGACGCCAAGGCCAAGCCUUCAAAGAAAUCCAAUAACACUAAAAAAAAGACUAACAGUUCAGAGAAAGUGUUGGAAGACUCUGAUUCAGACGAAGUUCCUCCUGCUCUGCUGGAAAAAGCCACAAGAGGCGACAAAAGCACAGAUGAGGAGCAGGAAAGCACAGCUGCCAAAAAGCGUCUGUUUAAAUCAGAAACGUCCUCGAAGGACGAGAAGUUAACGAAACGCAAAAGGAAGUCCGAAAGCUCUGAUUCAGACGGAGAGAAUAAAAACAAGAAGACGACUAAGAAGAAGAAAAACUGCAGCUCGGACAACUCUGGGUCAGACUCAGACGCGGAGAAGGAGACCAAAACAAAAGCAACCGUGGCCAAGAGGAGAUCUAGCCGUGUAAAGAAGCAAGAAGACGCAAAAGGGGAGGAGAAAAGCUCACCGGACAGGAAGGCUGCUGAUCGGAAGCGUUCCUAUGAAAAGAAGCGGAAGGGAAAUAGCCCGAAAGUCGCCUCCAAGCUGCAGUCUUCAUCUGAAGAAGAAGAAGAGGAGGAGGAGGAGGAGGCUGGCGGGGAAUCCGGAGAAGAUAGUGACCAGCAAAAGAUCAAACCCAUCGUGGAGGAUAACUUGGUCGGAGGCAGCGGAGUCUUCCAUCAGUCCUCUGGAGACGAGGUAGACACUAAAGAAGACUCGCAGGUGUUUGAAGACGACGACGACGACCCUGAGAACAGAAUUGCAAAGAAAAUGCUCCUCGCACAAAUAAAGUCCAGUUACUCUUCAGGAGCAGAAAGCUCCUCUGACAAUGAAGGGGAAGACGUGAAAGACAAGUCCUCUAAGAGACCUAAAAAGGAGGAGGAAGAGGAAGAUGACAUGGUUACAGAAGACUCUGAGUCCGAUGUUGAAGUGAAGAAGCCUGGCAAACGUCACAAACUGCUCCGCCACAAGCUCUCCCUGAGUGAGGCGGAAUCUGGGGACGAGAAAGACUCGGGCAAGGAGAAAAAGGCCAAGGGGAGCAAGAAAAAAUCUGCACGUAAAGCAGUUGGCAGCGAUGACUCUGAAGACACUGACUUCAAGGACUCUGAGUCUAGUUCAGAAUCGGGGAUGAGUGAAGAGGUCAGCGACUCAGGGAAGGAGAACAAGCGCAGAAAGACCAGAUCUGCGAAGAAGAAGGAAGACGAGAAUCAGAGAAGUUAUAAGCAACAGAAAAAGAAGCGACGCAGGAUCAAAGUUCAGGACGACUCUUCCAGCAAUGAGAAGAGUGGAGAGGAAGGAGGUGAGAGCGAAGGGCAAGAAGGAGACGGAACCAAAGGCCGGAAGAAGCUCCGCAAAAUCCUGAAGGACGACAAGUUGAGGACCGAGACCAGAGACGCUCUGAAGGAGGAGGAGGAGAGGAGGAAACGCAUCGCAGAGCGAGAGGCGCUCAGGCAGAAACUGAGAGAGGUUGUGGUUGUAGAGGAAGCAUCCCAGAUGGUCUGCCCCAUCACCACCAAGCUGGUAUUGGAUGAAGAUGAAGAGACCAAGGAGCCACUCGUUCAGGUCCACAGGAGCCUUGUAACAAAACUCAAGCCUCAUCAGGUUGAUGGUGUUCAGUUUAUGUGGGACUGCUGCUGUGAGUCUGUGAAAAAGAUUCAGAAAUCUGCAGGUUCUGGCUGCAUCCUGGCUCACUGCAUGGGUCUAGGAAAAACUCUGCAGGUGGUGACAUUCCUCCACACCCUGCUGCUCUGUGAGAAGCUUGACUUCAGCACAGCUCUGGUGGUUUGUCCUCUCAACACUGUCCUUAACUGGCUCAAUGAGUUCGAGAAAUGGCAGGAGGGACUGAAGGAUGAGGAGAGCUUGGAGGUAACGGAGCUUGCUACGGUCAAGAGGCCGCAGGAGCGUGCGUACGCCCUCCAGCAGUGGCAGGAGUCGGGCGGCGUUAUGAUCAUGGGUUAUGAGAUGUACAGAAAUCUUACGCACGGCCGAAACAUCAAGAGCAAGAAGCUAAAAGAGACGUUUCAGAAAACCCUCGUAGAUCCAGGUCCAGACUUGGUGAUCUGUGACGAAGGCCACAUCCUGAAGAACGAGGCGUCCGCCGUCUCCAAAGCAAUGAACUCCAUCAAGACGAGGAGGAGGAUUGUGCUGACUGGAACGCCUCUGCAGAAUAACCUUAUUGAAUACCACUGCAUGGUGAACUUUAUAAAGGAGAACCUGCUUGGAUCCGUCAAAGAGUUCAGAAACCGCUUCAUUAACCCCAUUCAGAAUGGCCAGUGUGCCGACUCUACGCCGCAUGACGUCCGGAUUAUGAAGAAGAGGGCACACAUCCUUUAUGAGAUGCUGGCCGGCUGCGUCCAGAGAAAAGAUUACUCGGCGCUCACAAAGUUCCUUCCGCCUAAACACGAGUACGUGCUGUCGGUCAGAAUAACGCCGCUCCAAUGUAAACUCUACCGACAUUACCUGGAGCACUUUACAGGUGUGGGAAACGCUCUGGAAGGAGGCCGGGGCCGAGCAGGAACGAAGCUGUUCCAGGAUUUCCAGAUGCUCAGCAGAAUCUGGACCCAUCCCUGGUGCCUUCAGCUGGACUACAUCAGCAAAGAAAACAGGGGCUUCUUUGACGAGGACAGCAUGGAUGAAUUCAUCGCUUCGGAGACGGAAGAAUCCUCCAUGAGUAUGACCUCAGAGGACGAGAAGACCAAAAAUCAGAUUGAGAGCACAGCCUUUGGGCCAAAGGAGCACCUCUAUGCUUCUCCUAUCUGCCUUUCUGUUGUAGAUUUGCUGCUGUCAACCCGGGUGGGCGGCUCUACGCCUGGGAGUCCCUGCUCUGCCGACUGGUACAAAGAGUUUGUCACUGAGGCCGACGCCGAAAUCCUGGAGCACUCAGGAAAGAUGAUGCUACUCUUUGAAAUUCUGCGCAUGGCUGAGGAAGUAGAAGAUAAAGUGUUGGUGUUCAGUCAGUCUCUCAUCUCUCUUGACCUGAUAGAGGAUUUUCUAGAACUUUCCAGCAGAGGCGAGGAUUCUGAGAAACCCUCUCCAUACAAAGGUGAAGGAAAAUGGUAUAGAAACAUCGACUAUUACCGCCUGGACGGCUCCACUAACGCUCCUACCAGGAAGAAGUGGGCCGAGGACUUUAAUGACACCAGCAACACAAGGGGUCGUUUGUUUCUCAUAUCAACGCGAGCUGGAUCUCUCGGCAUCAACCUGGUAGCGGCCAACAGGGUUAUCAUCUUUGACGCCUCCUGGAACCCGUCGUAUGACAUCCAGAGUAUCUUCAGGGUUUAUCGCUUUGGACAGGUCAAACCUGUCUACGUCUACAGGUUUCUUGCACAAGGUACAAUGGAGGAGAAGAUUUACGAGCGGCAGGUUACCAAGCAGUCUCUGUCCUACCGAGUUGUGGAUCAGCAGCAGAUCGAGAGACACUUCACCAUGAACGAGCUAGCUGAGCUCUACACGUUUGAGCCGGACAUGCUGGAUGAUCCCUCUGAGAAGAAGAGCAAGAGGGCUACACCCAUGCUGCCAAAGGAUCCCAUCCUGGCCGAGAUGCUACAGAACAACAAGGAUCAGAUAGUGUGCUAUCAUGAGCAUGACUCUCUGCUGGACCACAAGGAGGAGGAAGCCCUGAGUGAGGAGGAUCGCAAGGCGGCGUGGGCCGAGUAUGAAGCAGAGAAGAAGGGUCUGUCUACCAGGACCAACUACCCCAUGUCCUAUGCUCAGCCAGAUAUGGGCACCUCCAACUACUUCUCCUUCAAUAUGGCAGCUUUGGCCACAAUGUCCAACCAGCAGCUGGAGGAUCUCAUAAGCCAGGGGCGGCAGAAGGUCAUUGAAGCAACGAAUGCUUUAAAAGCCCUAGCUCGUGAGACAAUGGAAGACAUCAUUGCCAGAAUAUGGAAGGAAAAUCCAACUCUCACAGAGAACGAGGUCCAGGCUUUAACUCUGAGACACCAAGCUAAUGUGGAGAUCGAGCUGAAGCGCAGGGAAGCCAUUUAUAGAGACGUCCUCACCAGGCAGCAAACGCUGAUGAUGUACGUACAGAAGCUGAUCACCAACAGAAAGGUGCAGGAGCAACAACUGGCCAUGGCCAACCAGGCCACCUACCUGAACCAGCUGGCCCUGCAGAACGGCAUGAUGGCAGGCGGGAUGAACCAGAUGAACCUGCUGGGGCUUUACCAGCGCCUCCACGGCAUGGGCGGCAAUCAGAGCGACGGCAAGAACCCGGGCCCCUCACAGGGCAUGUAGGUCAGAUCAGGGCCCUCCCUGAUCCCACAAGUCGGCUAUCUGGCCCCGCCCACCCCCACUGUCUGUGACAAACUUACUGUGAGACCACUGAAAGCUGUCUGCCGGGGGCCUCGGAUCUAAUAGUGUUGUGAUUCACUGAGAGACAGUAAAUAUAAUGUAUACAUGACUGUGUUUAAGGUUUGUUUAAAAGUUUGAGUGGGGGGAAGAGAGAUGUAAAUACCGCAUUUAUGUUAUUCAAGUUCGGUAGAAUCACUUUUUUAUGUAUUUAACAAACCUGUUUUACCCCCUCAAUGCUGUUCAGCAUUGUAUUGUUUUCCCCUUCAAAAAGGGUUUCCGUGUUAUUUAAACUCAGUUUUUAUACAGUUUUGAAUGCCUACCAACAUCCAAGUGGGACCAGAACCAUUGAUUGCAGAACUACAAAACAAAACGAGCUCUGAUAUUGUUAAUUGUUCCUCACCAAUUACCUAACAAACUAGAACAGCUGCAAAGUCCUGCUUAUUUCAGGAGGUAGAAGAUGCUUAAAAAGGCAACAAAAUAGGAAGAAUAUGGCCUUAUAUGGUUUCCUAAAAGAAUCUCUGUAAAAAUUUGACAUUUUGUUGUGAAUAUUUUCUAUUCCGCUUUUAUGUGUUUACAUUAGUCGUUGCUGGAAAAAAAAAA